GAUGUGCACAUGGACGCCGGAGGAGACAGUGCUGCUCCAGCCCCGGGGGACGCAGAGGACGUGGAGGCCACGCGGUUCUCCGAUGAGGACUCCGGGGGAAGUGGAGACCUUCCCAGUGACGCACCGGAUCCCGGAGAUGGAGGCCUGGAGCAAACAGGAUCUGAGACCAGCGACCCACCACCCAGCCUGCUGUCAUCACCGUCCCAGUCAGAGGCCACACCAGGCACCUCUGAGCUCUGGAGCCCCUCCACCACGGGGGCUCCCAUGGGUGGGCCCGAGAGUGGCCCCGAGAGCCAGGGCGGGGAUCCCAGUGACGAGGACUGGCGCAGCCAGAGGAAGCACGUGUUUGUGCUGAGCGAGGCCGGCAAGCCCAUCUACUCACGCUACGGGAGCGUGGAGGCGCUGUCGGCCACCAUGGGGGUGAUGACAGCCCUCGUGUCCUUUGUGCAGAGUGCAGGCGACGCCAUCAGAGCCAUCUAUGCCGAGGACCACAAGCUUGUGUUCCUGCAACAAGGCCCACUGCUGCUGGUGGCCGUGUCCCGGACCCCACAGUCCGCAGCUCAGCUCCGGGGGGAGCUGCUGGCCGUGCACGCCCAGAUCGUCAGCACGCUGACUCGUGCCAGCGUGGCCCGCAUCUUCGCACACAAGCAGAACUACGACCUCCGCCGCCUGCUGGCCGGCUCAGAGCGCACGCUGGACCGGCUCCUGGACAGCGUGGAGCGGGACCCGGGUGUGCUGCUCCUGGGCGCUGUGCGCUGCGUGCCCCUUGCGCGCCCACUGCGGGAAGCCCUGGGCGCACUGCUGCGCCGCUGCACAGCCCCUGGCCUGGCACUGUCAGUGCUGGCCGUCGGCGGGCGGCUGAUCACAGCGGCCCAGGAACGGACUGUGCUGGCUGAGUGCCGGCUGGACCCUGCUGACCUUCAGCUACUGCUCGACUGGGUGGGCGCCCCAGCCUUUGCAGCGGGCGAGGCCUGGGCACCCGUGUGCCUGCCCCGCUUCAACCCCGAUGGUUUCUUCUACGCCUACGUGGCCCGCCUGGAUGCCAUGCCUGUCUGCCUGCUGUUACUGGGCACCGACCGGGAGGCCUUCCACGCCAUGGCCGCCUGCCGACGCCUGGUCGAAGAUGGCAUGCGUGCCCUCGGUGCCACACACGCCCUGGCAGCGGUGGCCGGCCUCUCUAACACCCCGUCAGCCAGUGCUGCUGCGUACAGUGUGCAGGCCGUGGGGGCCCCCGGUCUCCGGCACUUCCUCUAUAAGCCGCUUGACAUCCCUGACCACCACCGCCAGCUGCCCCAGUUCACCAGCCCCGAGCUGGAGGCCCCGUACAGCAAGGAGGAGGAGCGGCACCGCCUGUCGGACCUGUACCACUGCCUGCACGCGCGCCUCCACAGCACCUCCCGGCCCCUGCGCCUCAUUUACCACGUGGCUGAGAAGGAGACGCUGCUGGCCUGGGUGACCUCCAAGUUCGAGCUCUAUACAUGUCUCAGCCCUUUGGUGACCAAGGCAGGUGCCAUCUUGGUGGUGACCAAACUCCUGCGCUGGGUGAAGAAAGAGGAGGACCGGCUCUUCAUCCGCUACCCGCCCAAGUACUCCACACCCCCUGCCACCUCUGUGGACCAGGCCUCCCAUAACGGCUUUCUCACUGGACUAUGA